GAGAUUCUUUCUUUCUGCAAUAUUGUGAGAUUACAUAUUCGCAUCAGCCGGCAUCAUUAAAGAGACAGUCACUUGGGGCGAAAUGCGCCUCUCGGCAAUCCUAUCCAAGUCCUCUUCCUCCUCCAACCGUUGGCUUACUCGUCAGUCGCGCGAUCCUUACGUUCGUCAACGUACCGGAACUUCAUCUUCUCCUUCCCAACCGUCAUACCGCUCUCGCUCUUCCUUCAAGCUCGUUUCGCUUGCCAAGUCUCAUCCUAUUCUUUCAAGAGAAACUAAAUCAGUCGUCGAUCUGGGUGCCGCACCGGGCGGGUGGUCGCAGGUAGCCGCCCAUCUGUUAGGCGUUGAUAAAAAACCGACGUCCAAACCUCGAGUAUGGGCGAUUGAUAUCUUGCCUAUGGACCCUAUCCCGGCUGUGCAAACUCUUCAAGGUGAUUUCCUUUCCUCUUCGGUUAGAGAAACUUUGCAAUCUCUAGUAGGCACUCCAGAGUCAGGAGGAGGGGUCGAUACCGUCUUGAGCGACAUGAUGGCGCCCAUGACAGGCGUGAGAACGAGAGAUGUGGGGUUAAGCUUGGAGCUGUGUGCUGCUGCUACAGUGUUUGCCAGAGGUGUUUUGAAGCAGGCAAGUAAGGAAGAUGAAGUCAAGGUUGUCAAGGGGAAAAAAGUCUGGCCCGGCGGGAAUCUCGUGAUGAAGUUCUUCGCCCAUCCUGAUCUUGACGAGUUCAGAAAGCUUGAACUAGACCGAUGGUUUGGCAAAGUGGUAGUUGAAAAGCCAAAGGAAUCCCGAAGUGAAUCAAGUGAAGCCUACUGGGUCUGUCUAGGAUUCAAGGGCGAUCCUGCUCUGAGGUAACUGAAGACCAUCGGAACAGUCUAUGCGACUGAGGCCUGUAUGCCUGUGGCAGUUGAUCUCCGGAUUCUUGGAGGAAACAUCCGUCCUGUUGGCUCCCUAGCUGUGACUUUCGCGCAUGCUUUUUGUCCAAAAUCGUGGAGAGCUUGAAUCCCGAUCGGAAGGAAAGGUUUGCAAUGUGCGCCGACGAUAUCUUGAUGAUCCUCAGGCGGCACUUCAGGCUUGCUAUGGAGGCAUGGGCGGACUUAUUCCAUCGUUGCCUUAGCAUGCUUCAUAGCAACCACGAGAACGGAAAUAUAAUCAUGCAUUUCAAUGAGGUGCACCCUCCUGUCACCGACGUGUCACGGGCGUCACGUUAGUCAGCGUAGCUGCCCGGCGCUCAACUCGGAUGGUGUAGAACUCGGCGAAUGAAGGUGAAGGAUUCACGCCUAGCAGAGUCGGACGGAGGAAUUGCUAGGCUUACGGAACAGAGGCUGGACUUAGAGGAAGGAAUAGCCAGGGCCUGAAGGAGCAGGAGCUGGGCUAAGGGUUGACUGAAGCGAUUUUAAAAGGAAGAAUGCUCGGAGGCAAGGUAGUGAGAAAAGACAACAAUAUUGAUUUUCUGGGGAAUUAUGGAACUACGAAAGGCUACUUUCUUAUGUACCAUUCGUUCCUCCUGCUUACUCAUCAUCUCUCUCGGAAAGAUGUCAUGUCGCCAACUCGUGACGGGGCGGGGCUGUCGGACCAGAGAAAGGAAGAGACAAGCCGAAGGGUAUAUUGUUGGUUUUGCAAGAGUCGAGCGGUAAGUUGCAGCUGUCUAAGAUGAAAUUUUGUUUGUUGGUUACGCCGGGGACAACUAAAAGGUGGAAUGGAAAACCCGUUGCCCGGUUGUAGGCGCCGGAGAGUGCAACUCUUGCAUAAUAUCGUGACAGAUGGACGAUUCUCAUUCGAGGUGUGCCGAACGAAAAUGGCUGUUUCACGUCUUCUAAGACAACCAUUUGGAAUUUAAGACCAGAAAGAGAUAUCCUCGUGAUCCAGAUAGCGGACUAGUACUGUCUUACAAUUUCUUGUCGUGUCGAACCUAGUUUCAAUUUAAAAAUACGCGUCGCAACUUAAGACCAAGGCCAAUCUUAGCUAACUAAGUCAGGUCUUAACUUUUAUAUUUGAAACGGGCUAAAUACUGCGCAAACUUUUUACAUGUCAAAUUGUGAAAUUGUCCCGAUCCGUGUGUGUUACACUACGAUCCGUCAAUGAGAUGCAAACGCCAUUCGUCAGCCAUCGACGGACGGAACGAAGGUUAUACAACUCUUUUUGUUGCCUGUAUUAUUUAACGCUGGCUCAAGGGACAUCUUUUCGUAGGGGAAUAUGUAAUAUGUAAUGUGGGCACAUCGAUCGGUCCGCAAUUUUGGCUAUUC